GUAACAGCAUCAUAAAACAAAACCAAGUUUCUUAUCAUUAACGAAUCUACUCUUCUCACAAUUCCUUGUUUAGUUAUUUCUCAACUAUGGAUUCUUCCCCCGUUCAACCAGGACCAGUUCAUGGACAGGAUGACAAACCCAAAACGAUUAACACCAGCAAUAUCAAAGGGGCAAAUAUUAAGACCAGCAAUAUCAAAGGGACACAAGACAAAGGCACCAAAUAAAUCAAGCACGGAACUCGAAAGAUGAUGCAUGUUUUCUUGUCUAAUUAUUGUGGAUUGAAUCAUUUGGAUUGGGUUACCAAAAAAAAGAGAGAAUAAUUUGAAUUGACGUUGGAGGAAUCUUUCUUCCUCUUAUCGUUUUCUUCAUAUUUCUACUUUUUAUCAUUUUAUGUAACUUUUGUACCAGUAUCUAUUCAAAUGCCAUUGAAAUAAAAAUAUGGUUUCGUAUUCCAAUGUUGUUUUACUCACAUAUAUAUUAAGAAGACUUUUUGCCCAA